UCCUCCUAGCAACGCUCUCCGGCUCCUCCUCAAGAGGCGUGACCAGUCUGGACGAUCUGCUUGAGCCCAAUGGGCAGAAGCAAGAGUCAGUAGGAGCAUCCCCGGUUAGACUGCUGCAAGAUGGAAAGCACAGCAGUUGUGACUCCUGAAUCCUUCCGUGAUAAAAGCAGCCGCUAUUAUGUGGUGUGCUGGAUCAACAACCUGCUGAAGACCAACUUCAAAGAUGUGCGGCAGAUGGGUUCAGGGGCGUGUCACUGUCAGAUCAUGGACUGGGUUAUUCCUGGCUCUGUUGACUUGACCAAGGUGAAGUUUGAUGCACAGGGUGAGGAUGACUGUAAGCACAACUUCAGUCUCCUCACUGAGGCCCUCAGCAAGAGCGGCAUCACAAAGUCGAUUCCAGUAGAGGAGCUCAUAAAAGGGGAUUCUAAGAGCAACUUCGACAUUCUGAAGUGGUUCAAAAAUUUCUACACCACAAAAGGGAAAAAUGAAGAAUAUGACCCUGUGAAAGCUCGGAACAGCCAGGAUAUCAGCCCUAUUUUUGUACCUCCCGAGGUGCUUAGAGAGAAACCUAAACUGGAAUCAGGUACAGAGAAGAUCAGCACUGCAAAGACUAGAGAAUUCCCUUUCUCUGAAACGUGGAAGGACAUGUUUGAUUGGGUUGAACGCAGUACUUUUGGAGAGGAAUAUACACUCUGCCGCUCUUGCAAGAAAAACCUGAAGACAUAUCAGAAAGGCGUUUUUGAACUCAGGCGACAUGAGGCAACAAACAAACACAAGAAAAGGGCACAUAAUUACAGUGGUGUUGGCCUGCAGAGUAAACCCUCUGCUAAUGGUGAUCAACUGUCCAGACUUGCAGGCUGUAAAAGGUCGCUGCAAUACUCCAAAGACAUUGGAUCUAUUGGCCAACACACUCCGUAUAGUGUGUAUAUUUAUGAAGGGAAUACCCUGGGAGAGGAUGACGUUGCCUCUGUGGUCCUUAUUGGGUAUUUUGAUGUUGAAGCCUCCAGGCACUUCAUCCGAUUCCUUGAUGCUCUUCGGUCAGUGGAUGGUCAAACAGCACCAGUGGUGGUGGAGACCUUGAAGAAAUUUGGGUUACACACAGAUAAUCUUGCGGCUGUUUAUUCUGAUGGUAAUGGUGCAGCCUCUGAGCAGAUCUGCUCGCAGCUCAGGGAACUCAACUCGAACAUAGUAGCCUUUGGAGGGCUGAAUGCCAUCACGGAUGCUGCUUGUUUUGCAGGUGUUAAGGAGCUCAACAGUCUCCAAGAUUUGAUGGUAGACAUCCAUGCCCACCACUCCUCCUGCUCUACCAAGAAUAACAUCCUCGAGGCUCUUUUUGGCUCAGAUACUAAUGUGGAGGGUUCAUCAUUUAAUCUCUACAACAACUGCCUUAUGCUCUGCCUGUUAGUCUCAAAACUCUUGGAAACAUGGACAGAUCUCAUAACGUACUUUAAGUCUUGCGACGAGGGUGAUGACAAAGCCAAGUUAAUCUGUUCCCAGCUGCAGGAUCCCAAAGUCAGGGCAACAUAUAUCUUCCUGGAGCAGGCUCUAAAGCCUCUGCUCAGUUUCCGAAAGCAUCUGCAGACCCAGGAGGGAGCUACCAGGGCUGAUAUGCUGCUCAUCCUAGAAGAAGCCAGUAGGCUGUUGUGUACCUACACCUCCUACUUCCUUCAUCCUGAAGCUGCAGUUUGCUUCCUCAAAGAACGCGAUGCUGACAUCCUGAAGGACAAGAAAUUCCACCUGUCCAGCCCUGAACUCAGUCUGGGCGGGAAAGCUGUGGAAGACCUCCUGAAUGAGCCUGAGGCUACAGAGGUUCUACCACUGUUUAAAGAGGAGGUGUUGUCUUUCUACAUCAGACUCACAGGUUGCAUUGCAGAGAAGCUGCCUCUAGAUGAUGAGGUGCUCAGGAGCAUAGCUCAGCUGCUGAAUCCGCAGAGCGGGGUGAAUGUGACUGGAGAAGUGGUUGGGGAGCUUGGGACCAAGCUGGGAAUCUGCAGCUCCCCUGAGGAGGUCAGCCAGCUCACAAGUGAAUUCCUUGAGUAUCAGAAGGCUGAGGAGGGAGAGAAGGACAACUCAGUCGAGGUCUCAGUAGAGAAACACUGGGCCGUCGUACUGAAGGACACCAAGCCAACCUCACUCUUUAGAAAGCUUGUUUUGACCAUGCUGUCUUUCCCCUGCCCUCCACUUGAGGCUAAGCAGAUUUGUAAGGUGCUAGAGAAAGAAGAUGCUGCACUGUUGUCUGAGAAUGAAACCUUAACAGAAAGUGAGUUGGAAGUCACGUCUGACAGCCUCCUCUCUGACAACACCAGCAGCACCCCGAUUCGCACUAGAAAUAAGAAGAAACAAAGUCCAUCUGAACUGAAUGGCCUUAAUUUGAGGCCGUGUGAAGUCCGCCUUAUAAAGAUACAUGAACAUGCUGGCGAGAAUGGCACCCCGUGGAAAGAGAUGGCCAUUAGGGGAGGUUUUGGCUGGGAGAGCAGCUUGCGCCAGAAGCCUCAGGCCCGUACAGUGUUUCAGGCUGGUGUUAGCACCUGGUCCAGCCCCGUAGGUGCUCAUAAGAAGCCGGAGUCCCAAGAUGAGGCGGCAGAAGAGACAUCCAGUAAACCCACACCAAGACGACGACGGAAAGAGGCCUACCAGGAUGGGAAAGGGUUUCCAACAGGAGAGCUGGUGUGGGGGAAAGUGAAGGGCUUUCCUUGUUGGCCUGGGAUGGUGAUGCCUUGGAAAACCAAGUCAGCUCCCCCAGGAAUGCGGAGGGUGGAGUGGUUCGGAGACGGGAUGUUCUCGGAGAUCUACACCGAGGGUCUGAUGCCAUUUCGUUUAUUCACUAAGUGCUUCUGUAAAAACUCCUUUGCCAGCUUGCCCGUCUACAAGAAAGCCAUCUACCAGAUCAUUGAGUUGGCAGGUGAGCGAUGUGGGAAGUCUUUUGCUGUGGCGGAAGGAAAUAAAGAAAAAGAGCUGAAGCUGAUGCUGGAAUGGGCCUCUGAAGGAUUUCUGCCAACAGGACCUGAAGGAUUCGUUCCUCCUGAUGCUGGUGCACAUCAAGAUUCUGACUCUGCUGUGUCUGACAACCAGCCUCCUCCAAAAAGGAAAUAUGUUUUUAAAAACAAGGCAACUGCUCCCGCCAUCGUCUACAACAGAGAAUCAAUAAGAGAAAAUGUCAAAGGGAAAGGCAAAACAAUUGAACAUUUUUGUUUGUCUUGUGGAUCGACUGAGAUUGAAGUGCAGCACCCUUUGUUUGAAGGUGGUCUUUGUCUAAGAUGCAAGGAAAACUUCUCGGAGACACUGUAUCGCUACGAUGAAGAUGGCUACCAGUCGUAUUGCACCGUGUGCUGUGCCGGCUUUGAGGUCAUUCUGUGUGGCAAUGCCAGCUGCUGCAGAUGUUUCUGUAAGGACUGUCUGGAUAUCCUGGUGGGACCAGGAACCUUUGACAAGGUGAAAGAUGUUGAUCCCUGGAGGUGCUUCAUGUGCAAUCCGUCACAGUGCAAAGGAAACCUCAAACUCAGACCAGACUGGAGUGUCAAAGUUCAGGACUUCUUUGUCAACAACAGUGCCAUGGCGUUUGAGCCCCACAGAGUUUACCCCUCCAUCCCUGCUGAUCAGCGCAGACCAAUCAGGGUGCUCUCACUUUUUGACGGCAUUGCAACUGGAUACCUGGUGCUCAAAGACCUGGGCUUCAAGAUUGAGCGCUACAUUGCCUCCGAGAUCUGUGAGGAUUCAAUCGCUGUGGGGAUGAUCAAGCAUGCGGGAAAGAUCGAAUAUGUCAACGAUGUUCGUAGCAUCACAAGGAAACACGUGGCUGAAUGGGGUCCGUUUGAUCUUCUGAUUGGAGGCAGUCCAUGUAACGACCUGUCCAUGGUCAACCCUCUUCGAAAAGGAUUGUUUGAGGGCACUGGAAGACUCUUUUUUGAGUUCUACCGCCUUCUGACCCUGUUGAAGCCAAAGGAGGAUGAUGACCGUCCAUUCUUCUGGUUGUUUGAGAACGUGGUUUUCAUGAGUGCCAAUGACAAGUCAGAUAUCUGCAGAUUCCUUGAGUGCAAUCCGAUUCUUAUCGAUGCAGUCAAAGUCAGUCCUGCUCAUAGAGCGCGCUACUUUUGGGGAAACCUUCCUGGCAUGAACAGACCUCUUGCCUCAUCUCUGGAUGAUAAAGUGGGCCUCCAGGACUGUUUGGAAGUCGGACGUGUGGCAAAGUUUGAAAAAGUCCGCACCAUCACAACAAAGAGUAACUCUAUAAGGCAGGGGAAGAUGGGACCACUACCUGUCUCCAUGAACGGCAAGGAGGACUACCUGUGGUGCACCGAAAUGGAACAGAUCUUUGGCUUCCCCAAACACUACACAGACGUAAACAACAUGGGCCGGAACCAGAGGCAGAAAGUCCUGGGUCGCUCCUGGAGCGUUCCUGUUAUUCGUCACCUCUUCGCCCCGCUGAAGGAUUAUUUUGAAUGUGAAUAACGUCUGUGAACUGAACAGCAGCGGUAAACCUACUGCCUUAUCCCGCCCUGCAUAACUAGGUAGUUCAGACUCUCCUGUCUUUUCCUGAAACUUUUAAUUUAGUAGCUUGACUUUUAGAAGGAUUUAAUCAUGAGCUACUUUUAAUCCUGUGAGUUGUCAGUAAUCUGUGAGCCACUAUCACCAGACACUUUUUAAUUUUUUUUCAGGUUUCUUUUGACAAAUUAUGUUACUGUUAUCAAAAUUUUUGCUCCGAACAUGGACCAGAAUCACGAAGCAAGAUCAGACGAUCAAGAUCUUUGGGCUCAACUCAGGUUUCCUGUGUCACGAAGCUGGUUCACCUGUAAUCGGGAAUAUCACCUUGGUAACCUGCCAACAGCUCCAUCACUGACCAAUCAGCUGAGUGAAAAAAUUAUUCAUUCCUACAGGAUCCUGACACAGACCUUUUUUACACAGGGAUACAGCCAUAGAGGUGUAAUGAAGACCCCUCAUUACACUGCCUAUGCUAUUUUGAAUACAAAACCAAACAACACCAGCAUAAUGCUGCUCUUGAGUGUGAUCUUAGACAGCAUGCCAGUAUUCUGGAAGCAAGUGGACAUUUUCUGCUGCUCUUUAAGCUAGCUGCUAACUCCUGCUAGCUGCAUUUUAAAUGUCCUGACGGUGUGUCGCACACACAAUACGUCAUCAAAACGUCACAUCGGUUUUAUCCUGCUGACUGUCUGUUGUACACAGACAUCAGUUUGGUGCUGUUACUACCUCCGCUGUAGGCUUAAAGGCGAGCCAACUCUGUUCUCCUCAUUCCAUGAUCGCACCUUUUAUACAUAACGGCGAGGUGGAAUAACAGCGUGACAUUCUGGCCUUGAACAGGCAGUGUGAAAAGGGCUACUGAGAGUGCAAUGAAGCGAUAAAGUUGCAAUAGAGACAUUUUUAUAGAAAACUAUAAUCACUUUGCCUACCAUAAUAAUUAUAAUAAUUGUAAUAUAUGUAAGGCAGCAGGAAGAGUUUUAAAUUAAACUGGUUUUAAUUAUAUCACCAAUCCUAAAUAGCUCAAUCAUCAUUGGAUGAAAUACCUUCUCAUUGUUUUAUAAUGAUAGAUUAAUAUGUUUGUAUUGGUAACCAGCCUCAUGAUACUGGUUAUUUGGGAUCACCAUGUUAGUAACCCAAUGAGAGCUGUUGAACUUGCUUCGUGGUUCGGUCCUCAGGUCUCUACCUCAACACCGAUUUAAUGGUUAAAAAUCGACAGUUUCAUUUUUUAUCCUUUAUUUAAUUUAUGAAUAUGAAAUCUUUCUAUGUGAUUGUGUUUCUAUUUUCUAUUAUUUUAUUACAUAACCCUACCAGGGGUUUUAAGUCAGAUCUAAUUAUGUUCAUCAUUAGCUGUGAUGAAUGUUAAUAUUGUUUUUAGUAGCUGUUUUUUUUAAUAUCCUUUUUAAUAUGUUUUUUAUCCUAAUUACAUUCAUCUGACUGUAGUGCACCAGUGGGUUUCAGAGUUACCGCACUGGGUUUGCAUUGGUGCUAACAUUUUUACUGUUUAAAGCACUGCUAAUUGAUACCAAAAAUAUGUUCUGUCUGCUCAUUUAGAACAGUUGUGAGUGUUUUCAAUAUUACUGUAAUAAGGACAAGAGUGCAGAGGUCUGACAAACAGUGAACAGUGUCUUCUAAUGUAGGAGACGUAUAGGAUCAUUACAAUGGUUUUGCACAAUUCUCACCCCAAAAAUGGCGAUGGAGGCUUUUAAACUUUUUACUUAAAUAGAGCAGUGAGCCUUGAACUUGUAACCAGAGGCCUAACUGUGUAUCAGGACCACCUGCUUUGUGUUUCAUCACUGUCAGAUCCAACUGGUGCUUCCUUUAAUGUUUCUUUCUGUCACCUUGGACUCCGAAAAGUUGGAUUUUGGAUUUUAAACCACUGUUUGGACAAAAACAAUCACAUUGUGUGAUGGGCAGAUUAUCCAGUAAUGAAAGCAGUUGUUAUUGGCUGCCCUCCUAUAAAUUUUGUUAACAGCAGUAAUGUUUAUGUAUCAUAUACACAAACACCAUCGAUGUGGUCCGUUAAAUCUCAGUGAGACAUGAACCAUUGGUCUGCAUGAGUGUACUUUUGUUUUGUUAAAAUGUUUGAUAUUUUUUUAAUGAAACCUUUUUUAAAUUUUUUUAAAACAUCAACAGUACUGUUCAGGUAGAGCUAAACUACGGUUUACGCUCACCUGUGUUUUCAUUGUUUAAAUGGAUCAUGUUAUCUUUACUGAAAAUUACAAGGAGCUCUAUACGAUAUUCAGAGUGUAUCUGUGAUUCAGAGGUUGUCUGCAUGUGGCUCUCAACAUGGAGGAGGCUGAGCCGGCAGCUAGCAGCUAAUGGUGCUAACAGCAUGAAAAGUGCUAACAACAGCAACGGUGCUAACAGAGCUAAAGACUUUCGCGCACAAAGUCAGUUUUUAUAAUCUGUUAUCUUAGGAAAAAAACAACCAUUGCACACUGAUUCUGAUGCGUUUUAUUCAUUGUGAAAAUUCGCAAUUCGUGACAACGUUAAAAGACACCUUUGCCUCUCUCCAUUGGAGUUACCUAUCUGACUGUCUUGCAUUUUGCACCGCAGCUGCAUGAAGGGGCGGAGCUGUCCUCCACAUUCUGUCUGCAGUCCACACCCCUCCUCCUCUUCAUCAUCAUCCACCUGAAUAUUACUAUCUUACCUGUUGAAAGUGAGCUACUUGAGUUAUGAAAUGAUUUUGUGCACCCCGUUCCUCUGUCUUGUUGCAGCUGAGUCCCACUGCCACGUUUUCUUCACUGACUCUUGGUCAAACGUCUCUGAAGGCUCUGACGGAAGCAAAAAACGCAGAAAAUUGAACCUGUUCCGAAAUCCUAAAUGACGGACAAAAGUUCAAACGUGAUUGACACGUGACGUUGUAUUUAUUUUUAGAACAAUUUUGGACAAAAGAAAACAGACUCAGUGUGCAAAGGCCUUUACAGUGUUAUCCUGGGGGGAACUAGAGCAUGGGAGCUACUGUCCCAAUAUCAGCGCUAACCACCGUAUGAGGGCAGUGUGAGGCCCUGAUCACACAGAAAGCUUUUUGCAGGUUGGCGCACUGCCUUCUUUUAUUGAAUACCACCAGCAAAAAAAAAUAGCUUGCUUCGCCUUUUUAUUGUUGCCAGGAAACCACAGACUCACCUCCGUAUUCUAACCUUCCCGUGUAAUCAAUCUACAGGGAGAGGGUACUUGCUGUAUCUCUGGCUGAGGGUGAGAAGCUGUAAGCAAGUAGUUUGUUGGGCACAGGGAAACGGAGAUCUGUGUGGGUACAUGAGACCCUAAAAAAAGAGGGUGGAUCAGGGGGAGUACCACCAGUUGGUCCAGGAGUUGGUCCUUGAUGUUGGCGUGAGAUGACAUGGGGCAGUACAGAGCGCUCCGGCAAAAACGACAUCGCAGAAACCUCAAGCAAAAAGCUUCAUUCUCAUUAAAAACAAUUUCAAAAAGUCGCCUCCAGCUGCUGAAACACUUUCUGUGUGAUCAGGGCCUUAAGCAGCAGUGAUGAUAGCCCGUGGGAAGAACGUACAUGCACUAACAGGCAUGUGCGGCUGGACCAUCUGCCACAACAAGAGACAGAGAAGCUCAGAUUGCAUCACACACAGAUGUAGCAUGACAUCAUUCUUUGCUCUGGACGCCACCACACAUCCAUAUCUUUACCAAGCAGAUCGUUGUUUGCUGCUUCAUUAAUACUCUGAAUGUCAUGUAGAGCUCCUUAAAUAUAUUGGUGCUGUGUUCAUUAUGAGUCGCUGUUAGCUUCUCUGUGGUCGACCACACAUCUCUGUAUCUGUUCACUGCAUGUGGUGCAGUUACAUAGAGACAUACAUUACAGACAGGCAGUGAUGUGGUCGACAUCUUUGAUUGACUUUUGAUUCCUGAUGGUGCUCUGCUAAUGGUGCUAACUUUGCAUGUACAGUUCGGUUGUGGUUUUGUCUUUUUUUUUUUUUUUGCCCUCUGCAUUAAAUUGGAAGCAGCUGAAUGUGAACAUGUCUUGUAGGCUGUUAUGCUGUGUGUUGUUGAAUGAAAAAAAAAAUUAGCUAUUAGUUAUUAUUGAUCAGCUGCUGCCUGUUUUAUGGGCCAACACGUUUUUUUGUUUGUUUGUUUUCAUUGAUUGAUUGUUUUUAAAAUUUCUACCAGUUCCUAAAUUUAGCCCCCCCACCCCCCAAAAAAAUCAGUGUCUUGUCUAUAACAUUUAAUUUUGGCUUGUUUUAAUACCUAAUUCAUGACUAAUUAAAACGUAAAUCCUCGAUGAAGUGCCCUGGACCCCUGAUUAAAAAUCAGUAAAUACAUUAUUCUGUUCACGUAGUUUAUUAGGACAUUAGGUUGCACUCAGUUCACUCAGAGCUUAGUGGUGUUGCAACAUCAGCGAAUAGAAUAAAAUCUGAUCUGCAUAA